GCACGUAGAAAUCGGCUGCUCGUCGUCGCGUGCUGUUCUUGAUUCACGCGCGCACGCACCCAUCGCUUUGCCAUCCCUGCUCUCAGCCGUGUCGUUCAUCACCAUCAACUCCUCCAAAAUCCCAACGAAGCGGUCUGUGAACGGCGGCGAUUAGCACCAUCGUCGACUGCGUUCCUGCAUUCCCCAGUCUCAGCUCGCGUCGUCAACCGCGAAGCGAUUAUCGGCGAUGAGUAGCAGCAGCAGCGGCGGCGGCAUUGGCAGCAGCAAGCAACGGGCAACGUCAAGCUUGGUCCUGGCUUCUUCGCCAUGGCUCCAGCCCGCACUUCGGGCUUUUCUCAUCGGCUACCUACUCGACGCGCUUCCUUCCAUCUUUAAGCAGGUACUCCGCUUCUCCCUUGUAAAUGCAAAGUGCAUUGCCCGGGUCAGGAGGAGGAUCAAGCAGGAGGCAAGGAUCAAGGAAGAUGACGAGCGAGCGCAGCAAGGCCAUCAAUCCUCUUCUCUCAACUCCGCUAUCGGCAUCGUAGUCGAUGGUUCAUCAUCUUCUCGCGCCUCUUCCAGUCCAACGUCGCUCUACCACGAUGGUGUCCUUCCUGUUCUCAAGCAGCUCCCGGCCCUGCUCCAAACUGUGAUGAAGACGGCUCUCGUGGCUCUGGGUCCUCGCGGAACGGCUCUGACGUGCUCGUUGGCCAUGGCAGGCAUGACGAUUCUCGAUCAGACCAUCACCUCGGUCUUGAAUAUAGAGGGUGCCUUGAAGCGACAGGCAUAUGGCCCAAGGCGAAGCGCAAGAGCGAUGGCUAUCGGAAGCACCUUCUUGAGCGCGGCCACGAGCAGUUUCUUGGCUCUCCUCAUGCUGCAACAUGUUGCAGUCACUUCUGCUUCUUCUCGCGGCCCUUCCUCGUCUUCCUCUUCCCCAGUCCCAACGUCCUCCACCACGCGGAAUUCUUCGUCGGCUGCGUCGGCCAAGGCCGUCGGCAUGUUUAAUCCUUUCCGCAGGAGAGACGCGAGAGACAGCAAGCUCCAGCUUCCUACUCCUUUGGCCCCCGGAGGUCACUUUUUGGCCAGAUUGACGACGCUGAGCGUCCCUGCAACACCAAAGGACACAUCUGGAAGCCGAAGCCCUGACUUGAGCGGAGCCAAGAACCUCUCUCCGGUCGAGGGAAAGAAAGACCCCCUAGAAUCAGCCUCUGCAGCGACCAAGGCAUCCUCUUUGCCUUCCUCUCCCUCACAGUCAAGUAGCCGAGUGGACGAGGACGGAACACAAUCGACGCUUGACAUGGCUAGCCCAACGAUCGACCUCACCCUCUUUGCACUUGUCAGGGCAAUGGACACAUUGGUCCGCGCAGCGCCGCUUCUCGUCGCCAAGACCAAGCGAUCCAGGAAAUCAAUCACUCAGCCAGACACACUAAAGGCAGGUCAUCGAUUCACUAUGCCGUUGGGUCCAGCCGCUGGCAUGAGGAGCGAAACAGUCCGCAAUCACCGUCGAGGAACGGUUGCCAAGGGAACCGUCGCCACCAGAGUAUUCUCUGCUCUGGCCGGCCAGCUCAGUUACCAUGCCGAAGGGUUGACGUUUGUCGUGGCAUGUGCCGUCAUCAUGUUCAGCUGGUUCUAUGCGCCAGAAAGACUUCCUCCCUCUUACGUCAAAUGGAUCACCAAUCUCGCCAACAUGGACCACCGCCUUCUGUUGGCCCUGCGUUCGCUGAGAAAGGGCAAGCCGUAUAACUGGGUCUAUGGAGCCCCCAUUGAUCCAGCUUCGGUUGAUCUGCUCGGAUCCUUGUCCGAGUCGCUUGGCUAUCCCUAUGGCUGGGGCGAUCCCUCUCGAAUCCCAAAUACAAAUGAGGAGGCAAGACGCUACAAGGCCGAGGCCAUCACCAAGGCUCGCUCGACGGGAACGACCGAGGUCGACUACGUCCUCGAAGGUGCUGCUGGGCCCCGAGGCAGAGGCGAGAUGGCUGGAAUCCCCUGCGAGAUUGUGCACUGCGGCAUUGGGGGCGCAAAUUGUUAUCUUAAUGCCCUGUACAGGUGGUUGAGGGCUUGGAAGGUCUGCAUGGGCAUCUACGUUCCCGUCCACCUCCUGCCUCGCCUCAUCUUCGACCCAAAGCAAUUUGCCAGAGAGCCUGUCGCGGCCAUCUCAAAGGUGCUCAGAGGAAGUAUGAGGAGUGCUAGCUUUCUUUCGACGUACAUUGCUAGCAUAUGGUUCAUGGUCUGCUUUGGUCGAACUUUGGUCUUGCCACGCCUCUUUCCAUCGGUCUCCUUCAAAUAUUGGGACGGUGGUCUGGGCCCGCUCCUUGGGUCACUCGUGUGCGGAUUCAGCGUCUUCCUGGAAGAAAAACGCAAGAGGGCGGAGAUGGCCUUGUACGUCUGUCCGAGGGCACUCUUCGCGUUGGCAGAAAUCGCUAGGCCAGGCUGGUUGAGCAAGGGCGAAACGGGCGCACUCCACGCCGAAAGGCUCUUCUUUGGGAUGAGCGUCGGCGUAGUCAUUGCAGCUGCGAAGCAUCGUCCUGACCUCCUUCGAGGCAUCACGGCUCUCAUGGCGUGGGUCGUCUCCACACCGAAGGCGGCGAAGGCAAAGGGAAGAGUCACAAAGUAGACGUGCAUGCAUCAUCCUCGAGCCCUCUCUUGCAGCAGAUCUAAUCUGGAAUCAGCAUAUGUUUGAGAUUUGAAGACAACAUCGAAACAGGAGAAGACGGAAGCUAAGCAGGUCGUGGAAGGGAGUAUAAAAAAGUACAUGUUAGAGGGAAUCUUUCGACUAUGGCGGAAGCAUUCUAGCCGCUGCACAUGAGACAAGCCUCCUUG